AGGCAGGUUGUAGGAUUAUAAAGUAUUGACUUCAUUUGUACCAAUAGAAUUAAGGCUAAGUGUCAAUCGGGCAACAUUCAGGACAGGUAGAUAAGUACGCUUGCAGGUGUAUAUGCAGUGUCUGUCAGAUAUGGCGGCAUCUAAUUACUGGUGUCACACGGGUAAACCACUUAUUAGAGCUGCUUCUUUUGAAUCUGGGCGCAUGAUCUUUCCUUGUGUGCCAGUUUCGCGCAAGAGCCCUUGCAGAUGCAUAUGCAGACCUUCGGAGUUCAACAAAAAUAAAGGUUAGCUUGUGCGUUGCAUGUAGUUCCAGCUAGUGCCCCCCUUUAGUAAUUCAGGUCGACAAGGC